GACAGUUUGACCUUCAAGUGCUCGCAACCCACAUCAGUGGACGAUACCCUCGGAGCGUUGCCUGUCGGUUGUCAAAUAGCCGUAAUAUCGCGCUAAUGUUAUCUAUGAUAUUAUCACUUGCUUUCGUUAUAAAAUGUAAGUGGAUUAUAUGUGUUGAGUCGUUGGCUCACUAUCUAUCUUGUUCCUUCUUCUCCCAGGUUACUUCAUUUACUUCUAGCACUCCACCACCACACAAGUUACCUUCAGGCUAGGUACAAACCUACCAAAGGUUAAACGUUACAACUGCCUGUAGAUUUUCUGGUGUUUGUAUUGGUUAUGUCUUCAGGCUGUUGCUCAGGUGAACAGGGUGAUAGGGAUGAAGAUUCCGACUCGUCCAUUCAUAGUGCAACUCAUAAUGAUGGCGAAGCACUCAGUUCCCUCUAUAGUAAAUGUAGAAGUGAAUCAAAUCGACAUAACCCACUAAGUAAAAUUCUUCGGUUGCUCAAUACUACAUAGAACACCGUUCCAUAGGCCUGUCAUUUUGGUGGGGGUGCAAUCUUCCAAAUCUAGUUUCAACUAUAUGAUCACUGAUUCAAGUCUCACUUUCUCAACCAAAAUUUGUGCAGCCAUAUACCAUUAUUUCCCAUAGAUGUGUGUAUCUUUUGGUACAUAAACUUCUACAAUAAUGGCAGUUCACUAGUAAAAAUAUUCAGUUAUAUAUCUUUCGCUUUGCCAACUAACAAAAAUCGAUCGAUACACACAACCGCCAUUACAGCCAGUCUCAGUAACCGCGGUAGGUGAUCUAUCGCCGCUUCCAGUACCUGCUAGAGACGACAAAGCAUGCAACACAUUGAAUAGACGCCGUACCCAUCCCAGACCAGUGGGCAAAGACAGUAACCGAAGUAGUAAUCCGACAUACUGUAGCGUGUCACGGAAUAUCGACGAUGAUCUCGGAAGUUACGCUUGUACCAACCAGUUGUUGAGCAUUCUGUUCAUUUGAUGAUUUAAACUAAUUUAUUACAUUUCUCUUUCAAAGUAUUGUUAACUAACACACUGAUUACUUGUUUAGUUUUUAGGUAUAUAUUUCACCGAUGUUGUGAUUCAUACAAAGAAUUCAUUUUCAUUUUCUACGGCUAAUAUUUGAUCAGUCAAAAUAUCCAGAGAAGAAGCGAAUUUGUGCAAUGUAUUCACAAAAUGCAUACGUCACGAUUCUGGGUACAAUGGUUUCUAUCUACAACCGAUGCACAAAUGUAGCUCCUCAACACAUAUAUCAGUUUUGCCAUUCGAACUGCUUUUGAGAAUAAUUCGAUGGACCAUUGGCAGCCAUCUAAAUAUACGUGUUCUAGGUGUUUUAUCUUGUGUAUGUCGUGGUUUCUAUCUGCUGGCUAAUGAUAAUUCAAUAUGGAGAGAUAUUUGUUUCAAAUUAUGGCCAGUAUGGCUAACAUAUGACAAUAAUAAUAUCGGUUGUAAUAAUCAACUUAAUUAUUUAUCCUCAAUGAAUUACACUUCAUGGCGUGAAAUGGCUAUUUAUCGACCACAAGUUUUAUAUCAUGGAUGUUAUCUUUGUCGUGUAACCUAUGUUAGAACAGGAGAACCGGAAAUAGGCUCUUCUUAUAAACCUGUAUUUAAAGUUGUCUAUUAUCGUGGUAUACGUUUUCAUGUUUCAUCAAAUCAAAUCAGCAUGUUCACUGCGCCAUUAGAUCCAUCUUCAAUUGUGGCAGUUUUAAGUAAAUCACAUCAGUCCUUGUCAUCAUCUGUGGAUGUCAGUUUAGUUGGAAAUAAUAACAAUAAUAAUUCCAAUUCCGAAGCAGUUAUGAAAACAGCUGUUUCUGGUACAUUAUUGAAGGGAACGUAUGAAUGGUAUGAUCAUGAUUCUAUUGUGUGCACUUUACAUCAAUUUUCCGAUAAACAAAAUCGACCCCCAAUAAGGAGACGCCAACACUUGGGUCCUGUUGUUCCACAGUUAACAGUUACGUUCACAAUAAAAUUUAAAAUCGGUAACAAAAAAGGUUGUCUACACAAUCAGCUCCUGUGGGAUUCGUAUGUUAUCCAUACCUUUGAUAGAUCCAGUGAAAGUGAAAGUACCACCGUGUUAGAACUAACCAACCAACAUUUCCCACCCUGUCGUUUUGUUCGAGUGCGAAACUUCAUCCCAGAGGUGACAACCUCACCACUUUGAUCUGUUUUCACUACUAACCCUGGUUAAUCUUAUCUUUACAAAAAUAUUUCUCAACAUACAAAUAUUUCUAUAAGUACAUACAGUUUUUUAGUGUUAACUCGUAUCAAUUACUCUGCUUAAUGUAUUUGUUUAUUUUACUUACGGUUUCAUUUUUGAAUACUUCACUCUGAUUUACUUUGUCGCUGUUCUUACUUCAACUUAAGUUCUAUACAUAAGUAUAUUUACAUCAUACAUGUGUACAUAAACGCAUGUUGUUCAUCAUGAUUUAUGUAAUAUUCGACUUCUCUAACUAGUUUCAUCAUAGAUUUUAAUCCACUCGCGUUUACUGUAAUGGAGGUUUAUCUAAAUAGAUCUUACAUAUCUACUACAAAAUAAUGUCUGGCAUUCACAGUUCUUUGUUUAGUUGACUAUUAUGCAUUACAAACUGUAU